GAAGAAAAAAAAAACCCUAAAAUAAGAAAAAGUUCCGUAAAAUCUGAAAAUGGUUGUGUGAGCCACGCACCUCCUAUAAAUUUAUUACCAAUCCAGAAACAGACUGAAAAUCUUCGAUAUUAUUAUCCGCCAUUCGCAGAGCUUCAAUCGGUGGUGCUGAUCUUCUUCUCCUUUUCCUUCUUUCCUCCAUUUUUCAUCCCGCAACCCUUCUCUCCCGCCAUGGAUCCUUACAGGCAUCGUCCUUCGAGCGCUUUCAAUUCUCCGUUCUUCACAACCAAUUCCGGCGCUCCAGUAUGGAACAACAACUCUUCGAUGACCGUUGGACCUAGAGGUCCAAUUCUUCUGGAGGAUUAUCAUCUGGUGGAGAAGUUAGCCAACUUCGACAGGGAGCGAAUUCCGGAGCGUGUUGUCCAUGCCAGGGGAGCAAGUGCAAAGGGUUUCUUUGAGGUCACCCAUGAUAUCUCUAAUCUCACUUGUGCUGAUUUCCUCCGAGCUCCUGGAGUUCAAACUCCUGUGAUCGUUAGGUUCUCCACUGUUAUCCAUGAGCGUGGCAGUCCCGAAACUCUAAGAGACCCUAGGGGUUUCGCUGUGAAGUUCUAUACCAGAGAGGGGAACUUUGAUAUGGUUGGAAACAACUUCCCAGUCUUCUUCAUCCGUGAUGGGAUGAAGUUCCCUGACAUGGUUCAUGCUCUCAAGCCAAACCCUAAGUCUCACAUUCAGGAGAACUGGAGAAUCCUCGAUUUCUUCUCCCAUCACCCUGAGAGUCUGCACAUGUUCACCUUCCUCUUUGAUGACCUCGGUGUUCCUCAAGAUUACAGACACAUGGAGGGUUCUGGUGUCAACACCUAUACCUUGGUCAGCAAGUCGGGCAAAGCUUACUAUGUCAAAUUUCACUGGAAGCCCACUUGUGGGGUGAAGUGUCUGUUGGAGGAUGAGGCGAUUAAAGUUGGUGGUGCUAAUCAUAGCCAUGCUACCCAAGAUCUUUAUGACUCGAUUGCAGCUGGAAACUAUCCCGAGUGGAAGCUUUUCAUCCAGACGAUCGAUCCAGAUCAUGAGGAUAGAUUCGACUUUGACCCACUUGAUGUCACCAAGACCUGGCCAGAAGACAUCAUUCCUCUUCAGCCGGUUGGCCGCUUGGUCUUGAACAAGAACAUUGAUAACUUCUUUGCUGAGAAUGAGCAGCUUGCAUUCUGCCCUGCGCUUGUGGUUCCUGGGGUUUACUAUUCGGAUGACAAGCUGCUUCAGACAAGGGUCUUCUCCUACUCUGAUACCCAGAGGCACCGUCUUGGACCAAACUAUCUGCAGCUCCCUGCUAAUGCUCCUAAGUGCGCUCAUCAUAACAAUCACCAUGAAGGUCUCAUGAACUUCAUGCAUAGGGAUGAGGAGGUGAAUUAUUUCCCAUCAAGGUAUGAUCCAGUUCGCCAUGCGGAGCAAUUCCCCAUUCCUCCUCAAAUGUGCACGGGCAAGCGUGAGAAGUGUGUGAUUGCGAAGGAGAACAACUUCAAGCAACCUGGGGAGAGAUACCGCUCCUGGGCACCCGACAGGCAAGAAAGAUUUAUCUGCAGAUGGAUCGACGCCCUUUCCGACCCCAGAGUCACCCAUGAAAUCCGCAGCAUCUGGAUCACAUACUGGUCACAGGCCGACAAGUCUCUCGGUCAGAAGCUAGCAAACCGUCUCAAUGUGAAGCCAAGCAUUUGAAGAAAUCGGAAGACGAACACUCAUAGCUCGAUGUUCUUGCGACGUGUUGAAAAGAGAUGAUUCCAUUCAAGGUGGAGAGAAAUGGACGCUUCAAUUCUGUGCCCUUAAUGUUGUACUACAGUCCGUGUGUUGAAAGUUGAAACCGAACUCAUAAUGUGUUUGUCUGGGACUCUGUGUUUACUGCUUAAUAAGAAAACGUACCAAACAUCAAAUCAUAUGUUGUCUAAUUAGUGCAUAUGCAUUUCGUAUGUACCUGGCUCUUAUGAUUCUGCUCCAAAUGAGAUUCUCCUUUUUGGGCUUUGGCCCAAUUUUGCUUAGCGUCUUCUCGAGGUGGCCCAUCAUUGAUUAAUUGUUGGCUUCAUGUGCAUUGUGCUCCAGUGUCUGUGGCAACAUAUGUUGAUGA